AUUUAGCAGCAACGUGUUUGCUUGCGGCUGGACACAAUUUGUUGGAAGCGAGCGCGAGGUGUCACGUCGUCCCUGGAAGUUGGUGGCUGAGUUUUACGAGACUGUUUAAAAAAAAAAAAAAAGUGGAACCGUAGCGCGGCGCGCCGUGAAGAGACUGAGCCGACCGCUGACUGGGAGCGCAGUCAGCAACUGCUCGUCUGCAGUUUGCAUUUCAUUUGUCAACGUCAGAGGAUGACAGGGAGCUGUUUGUGGACGGCUGGGCUGCUUCUCCUGGCUGCCGCCUGCCUGGAGAUUGGUGUGUGCGUGAGCCAUGGGGACGCAGUUUUCAUCAGAGAGUUCACUCUGAUUCGACGGGACCACCUCCAUGAGGAGCCUCUCCAUGAUGCUGGCCAAAAACCAGAGGAUCCUAGCUCACGGACGGCUCGAUCGGAGGAGGACAGAGACACGCUUUGGGACGCCUGGGGAUCAUGGAGUGAAUGCUCGCGUACCUGUGGAGGAGGAGCCUCCUACUCCCUCCGACGAUGCCUCAGUUCCAAGACCUGCGAUGGGCAGAAUAUUAAAUAUCGUACGUGCAGUAAUGUGGAUUGCCCUUCAGAUGCCGGUGACUUCCGUGACCAGCAGUGUUCAGCUCAUGCUGACGUGAGGUACCAGGGUCAAUACCAUGAGUGGCUGCCACUGUACAAUGACCCGGACAAUCCCUGUGCCCUCAAGUGUAAAGCCAAGGGCUCGGGCCUUGUGGUGGAGCUGGCACCCAAGGUUCUAGACGGCACACGUUGCUACACUGAGUCCUUGGACAUGUGUAUUAGUGGAGUCUGCCAGAUUGUAGGCUGUGACCAUGAGUUAGGGAGCACAGCAAAGGAGGACAACUGCGGUGUGUGCAGUGGCGAUGGCUCAUCGUGCAGGCUGGUGCGAGGACACUACAAAUCCCAGCAUGCUUCAGGAAAAACUGAGGACACAGUUGUCACCAUCCCCUACAAGAGUCGUCACGUACGCCUGGUUCUGAAAGGUCCGGAUCACUUGUACAUCGACAGUAAGACUCUACAAGGACUGAAAGCUGAGGUGCUGUUGUCUAAAUCGGGGCAGUACCAUCUGGAGAACACCACCUUGGACUACCAGAAACUUUCCGAUAAGGAAAUUCUGAGGAUUGCUGGUCCACUCGGAGCCGAUUUCACUGUCAAAGUGCAGUUUGCCAACGGAGCAGGCAGCGUGGUACAGUACAUCUACUACCAGCCCAUUGUCCAUCGCUGGAGAGAGACUGACUUCUUCCCUUGCUCCGUCACAUGUGGGGGAGGAUAUCAACUAACCUCAGCAGAGUGUUUUGACUUACGGAGCGGUCGGGUGGUUGUGGACCAGUACUGCCAUUAUUAUCCAGAGAACAUCAAACCGAAACCCAAACUGCAGGAGUGCAACAUGGAGCCUUGCUUGGCCAGUGAUGGCUACAAGCAAAUUAUGCCAUAUGACCUCUACCAUCCUCUUCCACGAUGGGAGAGCAGUCCCUGGACGGCCUGCUCCACAUCCUGUGGUGGAGGCAUCCAAAGUCGGUCAGUAUCUUGCGUGGAAGAGGACAUGCAGGGCAACAUCACUCCGACUGAGGAAUGGAAAUGCCUCUACUCACCCAAGACGGCUAUUCUGCAGCCCUGUAACAGUUUCGACUGCCCCACCUGGAUGGCACAGGAGUGGUCACCCUGCACAGUGACGUGCGGUCAGGGUCUGCGCUACAGGGUGGUAUUAUGCAUUGACCACAGGGGACUCCAUGCUGGAGGCUGCAACCCCACCACCAAACCUCACAUCAAAGAGGAGUGCCUGGUGACCGUACCCUGCUACAAGUCCAUAGAGACACUACCAGUUGAGGCGAAGCCACUAUGGCAUAAGCAGGCCAUACAACUGGAGGAAGAGAUGGCUGUGACUGAGGAACCCAACUUCAUCCCUGGACCCUGGCAGCCCUGCAGCAGGACAUGCGGAGCCGGGACGCAGCAGCGGGUCAUCAAGUGCCAGGUGCUGCUGUCCUUCUCGCAGAGAGUGGCCGACCUGCCCGAUGACGAGUGCGAGGGAGUGAAACCACCCACCACCCAGCCGUGCUACCGCGUUCCCUGCUCGGGUGUAUGGAGCCAAGGUAGAGACGGUGAAGAGGAGCAGGAGGAGGAAGAGGAGACGCAGCAAAAAGAUGAACUGUAUGACUGGGAGUAUGACGGUUUUACCCAGUGUUCAGAGAGUUGUGGAGGAGGUAUACAGGAGGCGGUUGUGAUAUGUUUGAAUAAGCAGACGAGGGCAGCGGCAGAAGACAACCUUUGUGAAAGCUCCCGUCAGCCACCGCAACUUCUCCGAGCUUGCGAAACUCAGCCUUGUCCGCCUAGAUGGGAAACAAAGCAGUGGAGUUUAUGCUCUGCUACCUGUGGAGUUGGUAUUAUGACCCGUACUGUGAUUUGUACUCAUCAUCCCUAUAAGGACAGCAACCAGACUGAGAUUUUGAGGGAUGAAAUGUGUCAGAUCCAAAAACCCAGUCCUGUCCAAGCCUGCAACCGCUUUGACUGUCCUCCUAUGUGGGACUCGGGUGAAUGGGGGCAGUGCUCCCUGAGCUGUGGGGGUGGAAUCCAGAGACGGAAGGUCCUGUGCAAACAGCGGUUGGCAGAUGGUAGCGUCCUGGAGCUGCCUGACUCUUUUUGCCCUUCCAAGAGCCCCGCAAACCAACAGCCCUGUGCAAACAUAGAGUGCCCACCUCAAUGGGUCAUAACAGACUGGUCACAGUGCUCGGUGUCCUGUGGAAAUGGCAUUCAGAGGCUACAGACAGUCUGCAUGAAACAAGGGGAAGAUGGGCGCCAAUGGAGUGUAGAUCUGAAGAACUGUUCCCUGAUGACUCGACCCAGGAACAUCCGUCCAUGUUCCCUCCGGCCCUGUGAAAAAUCAACCAGACUAGAGAAUGUCAAUUCGGAUCCCACCAUUCUGGCUCAAAAGAAGGUUUAUAUCCAGUGGAGGAAGGGAAAAAAGUUACCUUUGGUUGUGGGAGGCUUUGCCUACCUCCUUCCCUGGACAACUGUGGUCUUACGCUGCCCAACCCGCCACUUCCGCAAGGGCCACAUCCGAUGGUUCAAGGACGGGAAGCCCCUGGUCAGCAUUCCAAACAUCUCAAUAACAUCUCUAGGAUACAUUAAGAUUCAUCAGGUUCGUGAAUCUGAUGCUGGGAUAUACACAUGUGUAGCAGGCCAGGCAUGGGAAAAUUUGUUCCUGCAGGUCAUUGGCAGCAAGCAGAAGCUGUCUGUGCCAGAGAGAGUGGAGUCAUGGUUCCAUGCAAAUGCAAACAGAAAGAUUGGUCAGUCAGAUGUUGCCUCAAGAACAGAUGGAUUUCAAGAGUUACCCAGCUCUCUCAAGCAAUAUGACAAAGUCAUCAAGCAUUUGCUUAAACUCAGAGAGUCUCUCCAAGAUGAUAAAUUACAGUCCAGUGAAAAGAACAGGUCAACCCUGGAAGAUCAGAGGGGGACAUCUGAAUUUUCCAGCCCACUUUUACUCAUUGCUGAUACCCACAGGCUGGAUGAGAUUGCACACAGACUUUCUGAUGGCCUUCAAGGACCACAAGAAGAACAACUCAUAUCUCAGUUACUUAAUGAGCUCACUGUGAGGCAAGGUGAAGCCAAUGAGUCUGCUCUUCAUCCACCGGAAAGUGCAGAAUCAUCUCUGCAACAGCCCUUCCUUUACAAACCAAACAUCAAAGCUCACACAACUUGGCAAAGACGCCCGGCCAUAAUCCAGCGACCGAGGAGGGUUGGAGUGGCACCAUUGCCUGAAAUGAUAAUGCAUGUGGGAAUUCCAGUUUUGCUGCAGAAAAACGUUGCAAGUUUGGAGUUGAGGUGCGACGCACUGGGGAACCCAGAACCAACUCUGACCUGGACAAAGAAUGGAAAAAAGCUACAAUACAGUAGCAGGGUAGGCCUAUUGCCAUCCGGCUCCCUACGGAUUCAGUCGCCAAGCAAAUCAGAUGAGGGGCUGUACACCUGCACAGCCAGGAACCAUCUUGGAUCAACGUCUCUGUCCUCUUGGCUGCAGAUUCCAGCUGGUAAAAGAAGAAACUGUGUCCAAAGCAACACUCUGGGAGUGAACACGAUUUGCUCAGCGAAGCUGAACAGCAACCAGUCAGCUGAGCUUUGCCGUGGACAAGACUGCCCCUUCAGAUGGCGAGUGGCUCCUUGGUUACCUUGCUCAGCAAGUUGUGGAGGCGGGUUCCAAAGCAGGAGGGUGACCUGCGUAAAGGGUCCUGAUGACAGCGCUCGUGAGGUGGAGAGCCAGCACUGCCUUCGUACAGGAAAGCGGCCUUCUGACACCAGGCAGUGCAACCUUCUGCCAUGUGCCAGAUGGGCCACAACCGCCUGGGGGCCGUGUCACGGUCAAUGCGUGGGUGCCAGUUUGGCGACACAGCAUCGCCAUGUGUACUGCCAAGACACAAACGCCACCAAAGUCUCCACCAGAAGGUGCAGUGGGCUCAAAAGGCCUAGUUCCUUGAGGAACUGUUCUACUGAGGCAUGCGUGCUUCAGUGGCGCGUCGGUCCGUGGACACAGUGCACCGCCACCUGUGGACGCCACGGUUUCCAGUCACGUCAAGUAACCUGUGUGAACCGUCAAACUGGCAAGGCCGCGCGUGAGCAUCAUUGCAUGUGGAGGCCCCGCCCUCCCAGCUGGCAGCGGUGCAAUAUUUUGUCCUGCGGAAGAGGUUAGAUAAAGACUCAGGAGAGUGCCGGGACAGCACAAGGUACUGCGAGAAGGUCCGACAACUGGAGCUCUGCCAGCUGCCCCAGUUUAAGAGCCGCUGUUGUCAUUCCUGUAGAAACACCUGAAAUGAGAGUCAUGAACAUCUUGGAUCGGUCAUGGAAAAUGCCCAGGAAUCCAGCAGAGACUUGAAACCUCCCUGUCCUGUCCAAAAAACAGUUUAUGUUUGGGGCACCUCAGUUCAGAGGACUGUUUGGAUGGUCACAUCUGCAGCAGUUGUGGUCUGCCUUCUUCAAAAACACCUCGGCUGGCCUUGAAUUUGAAAAUGUUUGCAAAUGACAGCUUCAGUUUUACUUUUUUAGAAACAAAAAAAAACACCUGAAGUUAUGUCAGCAGCUUCCCAUUAUGAUGCAAUCAUGAUGAAACUACAUUUGUAUUUAAACCUCGGUUGAUUCAUGUCGAAAGGGGAACUCCAAAAUGUGUGUUAUUGGAGUUUUUGGGGCUUUUCUUGAAAACAUUUAAUUAACCGGGGUAAUAAAGAGAGUGAUGCUCUUGUGUUCCUUAAAGGGAAGGGAAAAUGAAACUGCACCAUCAUUGCAUACAUACUGUGUUAUAGUAUGAUGUAGUCACGGUAACAUCAUUCUUCCACUGCCAAAAUAUGGUGAUAAAGUCAAUCUUAUCAUGGAAUUGUGAUAACCACUGGAUCGUUUUAUAUAUGUAUUGGCCUUUUUACACCUUUUGGUUCAUUCAUGCAGUGUGACUCAACUGAAUUUACUGAUAUUGGGCAUUUGCCUUGAUUUUCAAUAAAAUGAGCUCAUGUGAAAGAUCUACAAAUGUAGGUCAUUUUGAUAAAUUUAUAUUUUUGAAUGGACGGAAUUAGGAUCACCGCUGUUUUGAAAACCUUUUUUAAUCAGAAUAAAGAGCAGACAUAAUUUAGAUUUUUGUUGCAUGAAUUGCACUAAGGCGUAUGACUGACGCAAAUCAACUUUUGAAAACGCAAAUAUAGCACUUAUUUUGCACUCAGAACUCAUCCAAGUCUUUGUUAAGAACAUGGCUGGUAGAGUUUUUUUUCCUCCUUGUAUGUAAAGUUACAUUGUUUAUACAGCAUAUAUGUAUAAGGUGAAUUUUAUAUUUUUUGAAAGAUUGUUGUCAAAAUGUCCCUUUAACCACUUUGUGAUAUUAAUUGCAUUUAAACAUGAUGUCAACCCUGCAGAAUUUUAAAACGGCCUCCACCAAAUGAGAGUCUUAUUUUGUAUAUUUUGCAUUCAUUUCAUAUUUGGAAAUAAUCCCAUUUCUAGCUAAAGCACAGUCCUGAGAGUUAAUGACCUCACAAUCCUUUCUUCUUCUGAUGGGGGGAAAAAAUUACUUCUGCUUCAAAUUGUAGUUUGAGGUCAAACCCACGUGGAAUUACUUUUAACCAUUAUUUAUGUAGGCAAUGCCUUAACAGGAGACUACUUGGCCUUUCAAGGAGAGGAAAAUAAUCAUGUUUUACUGAACUUAUGUACAAUAGAUAUGCAUUUUGCCUUUUAACUAUUUAUUUCCGUGUUUGUUCUUGUGCAUUUUUUUUUUUGUCAAAACAACAGGUUGGGAUUUGAGUAAGGGCAAUAAUGCUGGUUGUGCAUGCAAUGAGGACCCUCUGCUGGUGACCCGAUGUGUUGCUUUCUGCUCUCUAAUCAUUGAAUAAAAUCAAAUACAUUCCUCUUAUA